AUGCAUAAAGUGAAAGUGGGGAUUGCAUUUGACCGUGUAUUUUUCUUGCAAUUAGCGGAGGAGAAAAUAUCCCUGGAAGACAUACGAUGUGCAGAUCCAGUCAUGUAUAAGAGUUGCAAAGAUAUUUUGGAGAUGGAUGCUGACGCUGUGGACUCAGAUGCUAUGGGGUUGACAUUUGUUAGGGAAAUCAAAGAGUUCGGAUCCAGGAAAACCGUGGAGCUGUGCCCUGGAGGGAUCAACAUUGUUGUCAAUAGCAAGAACAGAGACCUGUAUGUACAUCUUCUCAUUCAGCAUAUCUUCGUCAAAUCAAUCUCGGCAAAGGUUGCCUAUUUUGCACGAGGUUUUGGUGAUAUUCUUUGUAAGCGAAGGCUGGCGAAAAACUUUUUCCAAGGUAUAGAGCUGAAAGGUCUCGAUUGUGUGUUAAGUGGAAGUGAUAAACCUAUUUGUUUCAAAGAUUGGAAAGCACACACUAAGUACGAAGACUACAGAGAAAACGAUGAACAAAUUUGCUGGUUUUGGGAGGUUGUUGAGGAUAUGUCCAUGGAGCAGCAGAGGGAGCUUCUUUUCUUUUGGACCUCAGUGAAAUACCUUCCUGUAAACGGUUUUUCUGGUUUGCCAUGUCCUUUAACUAUCUACAAGACAUCCUGCUCUGAUGAUCACCUGCCGUCAUCCCACACAUGUUUCUAUCGCUUGUCGCUCCCACAUUACCCAUCUCUAGCAAUGACACAGCAGCGUCUUUCUUUAAUCUGCCAAACACAUGCAGGCUGUAGUUUUGGGUUUGUGUGA